AUGAAUUCAUUUGAAGACAAAAAUCUAUCAACAUCCGCUCAAAUGCAAACAAUGGAUGAGUAUGUAAAAACUGAAAACAAAAGAAUUGAUUAUGAAGGAAAAAACUAUAAAAUGCCAAAUAAGAAAAUGAAAAAUGAGUUCUCUCAUGAAAUUAAACAUGAAAGUGAAAAUGAUAACGAAGAAAGUGAGGAUGAUAUUUUAUUUAUUAAAAUAGAAGAUGGUUCUACUCCAAAAGAAAGCACCCAACAAAGUAUUAAUCAAAUACCUGAUGAAUUGGUUGUUGAAAAUGGUAGUAAAAGAAAUGGUGAUAAAAAUAAAGUAUCUUUAUUUAAAAACAAGAAAUUAAAGAAAGAUAAUAUUAUGUUAAAAACUAGUGAUGAAUUAUUCAAAUAUUCAAAUUUAUUGGUUAAAAUUGGUAAAAGUAUGCAUUGUUCAAUUUUACAACCAUCUCAAAUACAAGAAUUAAAAAAAGGAUGCGCUAAUGAAUUAGAUUACAAAACCAAACUUGCCUGUGUUAUGAAGUGUGAGAAAAGCGUUGGAUAUACUUCGACCUAUAACAUCAGAUAUCAUUUUACAAAUGACAAUGAAUGUUUAGCCGCUAAAAAAUACAGAGAAAAAAAUAAAAUGUCAACAACUCCACCAAUCACAGAUAAUCACUUUACCAAAGUUGUAGAUACCAAAGAGAUAGCUCCACUUCUCACUACAGAUAAUCCCCUUACCAAAGCUGUAAAUUCACCAAAAAUGUUAAAAGAUAGAAAUUGCUUUAGAUAUGCAAUUGCAUUGCUUAUAUGUAGAAAUAAUCUUCCAUUUACUCUUGCAAAUGAUUAUUUUUUUGAAGAAAUUGCUGAAAAAUUAUCAGUAGACAAAGUAGACAGCAUAAUUUGUGCAAAUGAUAUUGAAAAACUAUUCAAAUAUAAUAAAUUAUUAAUUCUAAACGAAUUAUCGCAAGUAACCUCAAAUGUCUCUUUAAUAAUUGAUUUGUGGUCAUCUCCAAAAGGAAAAAAAUUUAUGGGUGUUAGGUGCCAAUACUUAACAAAUGAAUUAAAAGUAGUUGUUAUAUUAAUUGCAAUUGCCAAGCUUUCAAAAAAAAAUUCUACUGCCGAUAUAUCAAGCAAAAUAAAACAAGUUGCAGAAGAAUAUCAAUUAUCAAAUAAAAUUUCUUCAAUUUCCUUAAACAAUGCUUCACAUGGUAUCUCUGCAGUCAAAAUGCUCUGUGAAGAAAAAAUUGUAGAUUGUUCUUUUAACGAUUCCGCUACUAGAUGCUUUAAUCAUAUUUUAAAUUCAGCUUUUACUUCUUUUAUAAAAGACAAAAAAAAACCUUCAAAUAUUACAAUCGAGCAAUUGGAUUUCAAUCCAUCCGAGAGCGAUUUAAAAAAAAAAUAUUCUCUAAAAUCAAAGAAUUACAAACAGAAAGUUCCAACUAUAAAGAAUCCAAUUAUUUUGAACAAAAAGAAAUAUCCUACGAUAGCUUUUUUAAAAGAAUCCAAGAAUUUGCCACUGCUUUAA